UGCACGCUGAGCCCCUGCAGGCUCCAAGGAGCUAGGAAGCUCAGCUGUCCACUCCUGUGUGCUCCAGUGUCAGGUGCUCUCCCUGCAGGUAUGUCCCAAUGUGAUGCCAGACUCUCCUGAGAAGUGCUUCCUCCAGUAACAUUUCCCCGAGUGCUGUUACAUGGACUGGGCACUCUGCACAUGCUGGGUGUCACCAUUCUGGAAAGACAAAGCCAGGGAGAAGUGGCCCAUCCUUGCAGCUUGUUGGUUGGUACCGAUGUAAGGCUGCUGCUGACGUGGGAUCCCUGAUGAAAACCUGUGUUUGGGGGCUGAUGGGCUGACCCCUUCCUCCCACUCUGUGUCUACAGCUACUGGAGGAAAAAUCCCACUAAUCAUAGGAAAUCCUCUCACAAACACGUUGGUAUUGUAGGUGGUGCUUUUCCUUCAUGUGUAGUGCUCCUCCUGUAAGAGUCCUAUUGCAAGGACUGAUGGCAUGAAGAAUGUUGCUCAGGAAGAAGCUGUGGGCAACAGCAGCUCUAUGCCUGGUGUUUCUCCUAUGGAAGACUUUCCAGGGCAGGUGUACAGGACACUUUGCCUCAUUGUGUACUUUUGUGGAGUCAUCGGGGCCUGUCUUCCUCUUCAAGGCCAAGCUUUGUAGCUGUGCCAGCUGUGUUGCAGAUCUCAACAGUUCGGCCUGGUUUAAUGAACACUAUGAUGCAGCUAUCAAUCCUGUGCUGACUGUGCAAACCCAAGAGAUCUCCCCAGAUGUUCUGCAGUGGUGGCUGAAGCUGCAGGGCUCCCAGAGCAGAACCCAGCUCCAGGGAAUAAUCAGGCACAUGUUUGACAUUCUCCCAUCCCCAGUCACUGGUGUGAUGGACACAGCCGGGUGCAGGACAUGUGCGGUGGUGGGAAAUUCUGGGAAGCUGAAGGGCUCCAGCCAUGGUACAGAGAUUGAUUCGCACGACUGGGUUCUGAGAAUGAACAGAGCACAGACUGUGGGGUUUGAGAAGGACGUUGGUACAAGAACAACACACCACUUCAUGUAUCCAGAGAGUGCUAUGAACCUUCAGCAUGGGGUGCACCUGGUGCUGGUUCCUUUCAAGCUGCAAGACCUGAAAUGGGUGACCAGUGCCUUUUCCACAGGGGAGCUCACAUUCACAUACACAAAAGUCAAACAGUUUAUUAAAGUUGACAGAAGCAAGGUGCUAAUACUGAACCCUGCUUUUCUCAAAUACAUCCAUGACAAUUGGACACAACACCAUGGGAAGUAUCCAUCCACUGGUCUGACAGCUUUGCUUUUCGCCUUGCACAUUUGUGAUCAGGUCUCAGUGUUUGGAUUUGGUGCAGACAGCAACGGGAAAUGGCACCAUUACUGGGAGGAGAACCGCUUCUCUGGGGCAUUCCGCAGGACUGGAGUUCAUGAUGCUGACUUUGAGCUCAGCCUCAUCAAGAAACUGGUUGCUGAAGGCCAAAUCUCAUUGUACAACUAGUGAAGGAACAACUCCAGUGCCUCUGUCCUGGCUGCCCUCUACAAUUCCCACUGGCUAAGCAGCAUUCCUUUCCCUAUAGUGCUCAUCAGUUCUAGUGCUGGAAAGAUCUCUCUUCUGUGUAGAUGGCUCACAUUGCUGUUAAUGAUUGGUACAGGGAUAAGAGUUGAGCCCUCAAAAACCCAUGACAAAUUUGCUUCCCAAUGGAUUGCACAGGAAUAGCAUUUUUGGGACUAGAAACUAUUUAAAUACAUCAUGUAGCACAUGCAAUUGUCAGGUUCCCUAUACACGUAACAGAAUAACAUGCAGGCAGACAGGCUGGCAGCCCCAUCCAUAGUUAGUUGCCUGAUGCUUCCCAUUUUAAGGCCCUCUUUCAGGCCUUAAAAUCUUCCACUGUUUGGUUGGAAACUUGCCUCAUGCUAUGUGUGCAUGCACACGUGCAUGCACGCACACACACACAUACACACACACUCUCUCUCUCUUCAGCAAAAUGCUUUGGCCAUUUCUCAGAAUGAAGUUUAUGGCCAACAUUAAAAGCCAGCCUUCUACCUGAUUAAUUGAGCAUUGCUACUAAUUUGGAGAAGGGCUUUAUGGAUUGCCUUAGAGCCAGGGAUGUGCCAUUUUUCACAACAACUAACCCAAGUUUCAAUAGUUUAUGAGACUUUGAAAAGCCCUAGUUUGCACACAUUUAAUAGUCCUGCUAAAGAUUGGCUGUGAAAUUCUGGGAAGCUUCCUGGUUACAGGGGCUAAGACAUGCCCUAUAACGCAGGGGCGGGCAAAAUACAGCCUGCUUGCUGGAUCUGGCCUACCAAGUGAUUUCAUUUGGCCUGCGGGUGGGCCCACACUGAGCCCUGCAGUGUGCUGCGCUCCCACCCUUGUGUGCAGGAAGGCCCUGGCCCUGGCUGUGGCCAGCACACACAGCUUCUGGGUGGGACUGCUGCUACUACUGCUGCAUAUGCCUGGGGAACUAUCACGUCUCAGCCUCUUGUUGGUUCAGAUCAAGUGUACUCCUGUGCUUGCCUGGCAGGGGGAAAUACCAUGGUCACCAUGGUGGCUUUCUAGUUGCACCUGGGGAAGACCACUCUGAUGGCAUGGGAUAGUACCUGCAUAGGUAAUGCAUAAUUAAUCUUGACUUUAUGACCACUUUAUGGAAAUGGGAGACUCCUCCCUAGCUUGCUCCUGAGGACUUAUGGCUAAGGGCAAACUUGGGAGCAUCUGAUUCCCAAGCCUCCGGGUUUGGGCCUGCAAAUAGGAUGACCACCAAAGGAUUUGGGAAUAUCUGAAGCCCCAGGUGGGGAUAGAGGAUGUUGGCCGGUAGUAGAGCCACUUAUGGUUCUGGACUGACUCAUGAAUGUGGAAUCUAAUUUGGCUUGGUAUACAGAAAAUUUAAAUUAAAAAACAAACAAACCCUGCUUGGCUCCCCCCCUCUUGUGGGUCCUUCACCUGACACUGCUGCAGCACUCUGGGCAACAAGUAGGGAAGCAAAGGCGGGUGUGGGGAAAUCGCAGCUGGGCAGGAGUAAAGGGCCAGUGGAAGUGUGGAGCCCAAGGCAUGGGGCCUGCACUUAGCAGGAGCGCAGAGCCUGGGUCAGUCCAUUCCAUCAUGCAGAUCUCCCUGUGGUUCACGUACAGCUCCUGGGACCCAUACCACCAGAGGGAAGCCCUGUGUGGUGGAGCUGACAGCUUCCCCUUCUUCCUGCCACCACAUGCAGCUCCCAGGACUCUGCUGGAAAUGGCAGGGAGCCCUGUGCGAUGGAACCUGGCUAGCUUGGUGUCAUUCCCUGCUUCCCAGCAGAGUCCUGACAGCUGCACAUGGCAGAAAGGAGUGGGGCCAGGCAGCCAGCUCUAUCACAUGGGGCUCUGCCCUGUGGCGCACGGCUCUGGCCAGGUCCCAGAAGCUGCAUGUGAACUGCCUGGAGCCCUGCACGAUAGAACUGGGUUGACCUGGUCCUGCUGCCACAUGCAGGUCCUGGAACUGGCCAAAUCCAUAUGCCACUGGGGAGCUCCACCAGCGUGGGCCAUGAGUGCCCCAAGAGCCUGCCUCCUGCUGCUGCUGCUUGCAGCAGGGGCUGUGCACCAUUGGGGGGGCACACCCCCACCCCACCAUAACCACACCCACAUCCCCCACACCCCAGCUAUGCCCCUUCACCGCUCCCCACAAACCCCACACCCCCCACAUCCCUCCACACAGCCACCCCCCACAAACCUCACACACCCACACCCUCCCCAACACCACCCCCACAAAAUAUACAAACAUAAGAUUUUAUUUUCAGGUAUUAUGCAAUCACCUCUAUAUAUACUUUGCAAACACAUGUAAAUCAGGACAACAUUUUUUUGGGAAAAAAAAUUAAAACGUCAUAGUAACUCUUUGAUUUUUUUUAUUAUAUUUUUUUU